ACUGUGCGGCGCCGCCAGAUUCUGGGGCCCGACGAGGUAUCAUUUUCCCGGUCCCUGGCGGUGGUGGCGAGACCGGCAGCUGGUGGCCCGGCGGGCGCCGGCAAAAGCCCCAGGUCGGGUGGUGGCUGCUGUGCAGAUCGCGGCUGGAGAGAGGAGUGGUAGGAACAGGUCCCUGGAGCUGUGAAUCCCGUGCAGUCCCUUACAGGAACAGCUAUUUGACAUGAAGGAAAAUAGAAAUUGAGUUGUUCCACCAAAAAUUUUGCAGAUUUGGAGUAAAGAGAAGCAAUGCAGAAGUCGGAGUGCCAUGGAGGCGUACAGUUGAGAAACAGAGUAACAGAUGACCAUGAUGAAAGGACAUCAUUGAGUGCGCAAGUGAAACAUAGGACUACAGUUCAACAAAGCAAAUCCUUGUCAACCAGUUCUUCAGAAUCUGCAAGACAGCUUUAUCCUCGACCGAGUGAUAAACUUAACCCUAAGACAAUUAACCCAUUUGGUGAACAAUCACGAGUGCCUUCUGCAUUUGCAGCUGUUUACUCUAAAGGAGGUAUUCCCUGCAGGUUGGUCCACGGUUCUGUGAAACACAGGUUGCAGUGGGAAUGUCCUCCUGAAAAUCUUCCAUUUGACCCUCUUCUUAUUACUUUAGCUGAGGGUCUGAGAGAGACUAAACAUCCAUAUACGUUUGUGUCAAAGGAAGGUUUUAGAGAAUUACUCUUGGUCACAGGUGCUCCUGAAAAAGCUGUGCCUUUGCUUCCUAGACUGAUUCCCGUGCUGAAGGCAGCUCUGGUCCACUUGGAUGAUGGCGUAUUUGAAAGAGGACUGAAUGCCCUGGUGCAGCUAAGCGGCGUUGUUGGUCCUUCUCUGAAUGACCAUCUGAAACAUCUGCUUACAAGUCUUUCCAAGAGACUAAGGGACAAGAAAUUCAAAGAGCCAAUCACCAGUGCAUUACAGAAGCUAGAGCAGCAUGGUGGAAGUGGGAGCCUCCUCAUCAUCAAAUCUAAAAUUCCAACAUAUUGCUCCAUAUGCUGUUGAAGAAAGGGACCAACAGAAAUCUCACCACCAGGCGUUAAAAAGCGCUGGCCAUGGGUAUCUGCAGAACUUUGCAGAUUCACUUUAGUCUCUUGUAAAUCACAGCUGACCUUCGGUAUUUACCGGCUUUACAUGAGUAUACACAGUUCCACUGAAUCAUAGUGCACGUUAUUCAUCCAAAAAAAAAAAAAAGAAUGGUUAAUGAUGGAAAACUAUUAAAAAAAAAAGUUCUGUAA